CAUUAGUUGAUAUAUCUGGUUGAUAUGCUCAGUUUUCACGUUUUCCAAUGAGUUAUGUUGGGCGAGUGGAAAACUGGAAUACUAACAUAAAACAUAUCCUGCUAUUUACCAAAACGGCAUGAGUGGUAUUUGUUUGAAUAAACAAAAGGCACACAGGUUUGUAAAACAUCAACUUUUUGUAAAUAUAUCCGUUGUGUCACAUGUCAUGUCAUGUCACACUUGUCACUCUUAAAACCAUCGGCUCUUAACUUUUAUUUUUGCUUUUAACGUUAUGUUUUUUCAGCAGCGCAUGCUUGCGCAUAGAUGCACGCUAAUCAGGGUUGAAAUAUGCAAAUAAUGGAAAUUUCCCUCACGGGAUCAAAAAAUUCAGCUCUCAAGCUUUAAUCCGCAUAUAUAUAAAUGCAAUAUGAUUGUUAUGAUGGUUUCUUAGCUCUGUUCCUCUGCAAGGAAUAGGUUAAUACAGAAUUGCUAUAGAAUAAAUAAAUAAAUAGACUAGCCUACAUUAUUUAGAAAAUGUGCAAUGCAGUAGGCCAGUAUAAUGUCAAGUGUCCAUAUGUUUUGUUAAAGUGACUUGAACAUAUUAGCUUUGUUGUAUGUUGAGAUUGAGAAUAUAUUAUCCUCAACUGGCGUGACUGUUAUUAGACAUUUAUUUGUUGGUUGGUUUGUUUGUAUUUCAGACUUUAAGUAAGUUUAAUACGACAUUUCUCAAGGACAAGCCAAGAGAAAAAUGUCCCCCACCACGCGUUCUCAUGGCAACAGUCGUAGCCUACCUACAGUAGUAGUGAAAAAUGAUCUUGUCUGCCAAUGUUAACUAUAGAGCCGUGUGAGUCAGCGUAACGUUGUUUUUGAGAUAAAAACAAUUUCUCUUUCGCUAUUGUCCCAUUAUGUGUCAGUCUGACAGUCCACAACAAUGUUUAUUAUGAUUCUCCAUCUCCAACAGCCAGCGCAUGCAGGAAGUGACGAAAACAGCACGGUUGUACAUGGAAUGAGGGACUUGCGAGCUAGCCGUCAAGCUAAUUAUCUGAUCAACUAAUUCUGGAUAAAUGUAAAAUUUAGUGUCUAUAUUUAGUCUCAAAGCUCGUUUCCUUCUUAUAUACCGCUAAGAAUAUCUACAUGGAAGUCGGAAAGAUCAUAUCCAUCUGGGGAUCUAUGGGCUGAGCAUUACCAUAUAUAGCAUUCUAGGCCUUGUGGGAAAAGGCAUUUGAAGUUGCAGAUCCAAAAUGUAAACAAGAGAUUCUUAACAGCCAGAAGAACAGUGGAGGAGGAAGCAGGGCAACUGUCACCAUGUCGUCCCCAGAGCAAAUCAUCGCCAUUAUUAUGGACGACAAGACGUAUAACGUCAGUAAAACUAAGCUUAUUGAAAAAAGUGAUUACUUUCGUGCACUGUACAGUUCGGGGAUGCGCGAGUCAGGUGAGGAUUCCGUUGAGCUACAGGGACUGAGUGUCCCAGGUCUGGAACUGGUCCUGGAAUUUAUCAACACUUCCAAAGUCAAAGUGGUUAACGAGACACUCGAAGACUUAAUUGAAACAGCUUCUUUUUUGCAAGUGAGCUCAAUCUUGAAACUGCUGCUGUCGGAAAUCCGGCAGGAUAACUGCGUGGAGUUGUACAAUCUCUCCGAAGUUUACGGGACAUAUGAUUUGCGAAAUGCAUGCCUUAAAUAUAUGAGUUGGUACUACCAUCCGAUGCUCCGGCGACCCGAGUUUAAAGAUUUGCCAACUCCACUGCGAGACCAAGUCAAGGAAAUGCGCAUGAAGGGUACGGCUACUCUGGUCGCCAUCGGAGAUUUUAUUGGUACUUGUAUGGCUAUGACAGACCAGGACGAGCCGUGGUCCAUGUUACGUUAUGGAGAGGUAGAACAGCGCUGGAAGCCGCUCUCCAACAACUUGCCACAUGAUAUGGUAAACGUCAGAGGAUACGGCUCUGCUGUUUUGGACAACUAUUUAUUCAUCGUCGGUGGAUACAGGGUGACAAGUCAGGAGAUCUCCGCAGCGCACUGCUACAACCCCUGCAGGAACGAGUGGACUCACGUGACACCCCUGAACCAGAAAAGAUCAAACUUCAAGCUCCUAUCCGUCAGAGGCAAACUGUAUGCAGUUGGGGGCCAGUGUUUGGGCACUGUGGAGUGUUACAGCCCAGACCAGGAUUGGUGGACGUGUGUGUCCUCGCUGCCCGAGCCCUUGGCCGAGUUCUCAGCCUGUGAAUGCCAGGGAAUGAUCUAUGUCAUGGGCGGCUACACUGCCAGAGACCGGAACACAAGCGUGCUGCGCUACUGUCCGACCUCUGACACCUGGAGUGUGAUGGACACCUGUUCGGUGCACGUGCGUAAGCAGCAGAUGCUGUCGGUGGAGGACACCAUCUACCUGGUGGGGGGCUACACCCACGAGCUGGAGACCUGGCGGAGGAGGCCCAACCAGACAGAGGACGUGCUCACGGUGCAGUCGUACAACGUGACCACGGGCGAGUGGCUGCAGCUGAAGGAGAACACGUCCAAGUCGGGCCUGAACCUGACGUGCACGCUGCACAACGACGGCAUCUACAUCAUGAGCCGCGACGUGAGCCUGCCUACCAGCCUGGAGCACCGUGUUUUCCUCAAGUACAACGUCUUCUCCGACGCCUGGGAGGCCUUCCGGCGCUUUCCGGCCCUCGGCCAGAACAUGCUGAUCUGCUCCCUCUACCUACCCAGCGUGCUGUGAAACUCAGCACCUUCUUCAACCCGGGAGACAGGUUUUGCACAGACCCUAGGGGGUCGAGAGGUCAAGAGGUCAGGGGUCAGAGGUCAGGGUGUUGCGGCUUGUUGUGGGGGUUCGUGCGGCCCAGUUUGCUCAUGCAGGGACCAGAUGGCGUGUCCACAUUUGGAAUGGCCUAUAGGCGCUGUGUCAGGAAGCAGCUUGUAGUCAUGACUGACCAACAACACACACAUGCACGCACACACAUGCACGCACACACGAACAUACGCACACACACACACACACACACACACACAC